AUGGCAAUGUCUGCUCGCUGUUUUAAUGUAACAGCUGCUAAAAGAGAAAAUGUUUACCGAGAAAAAUCAAGUAAUGUUCAAGUUGUAGUUCGUAAGCGAAUUCGAGAUCUUCAAUUUUUUUUUGACCGCAUGUUUGAUGAAAAAAGUACAAACAAUGAUAUAUUUGAAUUCACUACCAAACCAGUCAUUGACAGUUUGUUAAGUGGUUAUAAUUGUUCUGUGUUUGCCUAUGGUGCUACGUCUGCUGAGAAAACUCAUACCAUGCUUGGAUCACCGGUUAAACCUAGAGUCAUAUUUCUUACUAUGCACAGUAGUCCCAGUACCAUGUCACCACGCAGUGCCGAAGAGUAACUUGAAAUGCUGCAUUUUGGAAAUCAGAACAGAUCACAGCAUCCAGCUGAUGCCAAUCAGCUAUCAUCUCGAUCCCAUGUUAUUUUUCAGGUAUUUGUUCGACAAUGUCCAAAAGACUCUGGACUAAGUGCAAAUGUUAAAUUGGUUAAAAUGUUAUUAAUUGAUUUAGCUGGAUCUGAACGUGCUACAGUUGCUACAAAUCAAGGUGAUCGCUUUCGUGAAGGUGCUAAUAUUAACAAAUCACUUCUUGCUCUUGGGAAUUGCAUCAAUGCAAUGGCAGAUAUGAAAGGAAACAAUGUCCACAUUCCUUAUCAUAAUAGUAAACUUACACGCUAACUUAAGGAUUCUUGGGGAGAAAAUUUCAACAUUAUAGAGAUUGCAGCUGUUAGCCCGUCCAGUUUAAGUUACGAAGACACAUACAACACAUUAAAAUAUGCCAAUAGUUCAAAAAGUAUUGAAUUUACAUUAACUUUAAAUGUUUUCCAUGUAGACUACCAUGGCUCACAGUACGGAAAGAUUAUUGCAGACCUCAAAGUCCAGAAAAACUAUUAA